AUCUCCUAACGGUCCAGUCGAAACGAUCGAUCAGACAACUCGACUUGUCGCCGAUCCCUUCUUGAAACUAGCCGGCACUCGGAAGCCUCUGAACCUCUGAAACACCAUAAAGCGACGAUCGUCAUGGGACCAGUCUCCGGUUUGCUAUUGGCAGGCCUGGUUUCUGCGGCCCUGGCCAAGCCGGGACUCCUGUCCGCGCCCCUGAUCGCCACUUUAACCCCUGCAGCUCCUGUCGGACCGGAUGGCCGGGUCCUAGACACGCCAGAAGUUGCUGUUGCCAAGGCGGAACACGCGGCUGCUCACCUCAACGAGAGAUUGAAGCUUGCUGACGAGGCUGCCAGGUCAGGAGCAGGCCUGCAACAGGUUCAGGUUAAACAAUCUUCGCUGUUGAUUGCUUCACCAAACGUUUUGGUACCUGGCGCUCCACUUGGACCUGAUGGCAGGGUGGUGGACACCCCAGAAGUCGCUGUCGCCAAGGCUGCGCACGCCGCCGCUCAGGUUAACGAGAGAAUUAAUUUGGCAAACGAGGCGGCCAGGUCUGUCGCUGCGGAUCUUAACAGACCACUGGUUCCUCUGGUAGCCAGCGGUAUAGUGGCCCCAGUGGUGCAAGCAGCAACAGUAGGUCCCGACGGAAGGGUGCAAGACACUCUAGAGGUAGCAGCAGCAAAAGCAGCCCACGCAGCAGCUCAGAUCAACGAGAGGAUUAACCUGGCGAACGAGGCGGUGAGAUCAUCGGGGACGAUAGUCGCUGCUGCUCCAGGAACAGUGACCGUACCAUUAGUAGCCAGCAACGCAGUGGUGGUCCCUGGUGCACCCAUUGGCCCGGACGGAAGAGUGCAGGACACGCCGGAAGUGGCUGUGGCGAAAGUCGCCCAUGCAACCGCUCAUCUUAACGAGAAAUUGAACCUGGCCACAGAGGCUGCCAAAUCUGCCGAUGUUCUCGCUGUUGCUGGCCCUGCCCUCGCCUAUGGACGGCUCGUCUAUUAAAAAUCUGAUCGUCAUUUAACACGUUCACCGUGUCCACGCGUAGAUUUGGUAAAAACAAUCACGAGCAAUCGCAAAUUUCUGAAAAAGCAUCAUAAUUAGA